GACGGCGUCGCCCUGGUCAAAAAUAGCCAGGAGCGCGCUUACCCGUCUUCUCUGCCAGAAGGUGAUUUGAAUGCGCUGACGUCAAAUGAAGUCGACAAAUGUCUUCAAGAAGCUACUACGAAGUUGAUGCAGUCACAUCGAGUGAUUAUAUCUCCUGCAAGUAUUGGUGAUGAUAUAGGAAGAUCAUUAAGUCAAGCUAGAGGGAAACUGAAGAAGAUGAUAGGACCUAUAUUAGCUGGUGUUGCUAUCAAAGGUGGCUUCUUAGUCAUGGCUUUUAAAGCGAUCGCUUUGAUAGCAGGGAAAGCUUUGCUUAUAGGUAAAAUUGCUCUGUUACUGUCAGCGAUAAUUGGUUUGAAGAAAUUGGUUUCUGGUGGCGAUAACCAUGAGAAGACUACGUAUGAGAUCGUGAAACAUCCUCAGGUGUCACAGAGUCAUACGUAUUCCUCGUCACAUUAUGGAAGUGAUUUCGACACGACCGGUCCUGGAGGUCAUUAUAGAAGAAGCGUAGAAGAUGAGGCUGCUGCACAGGACAGAGCUUAUAGAGCUUACGCUAAGACACAAUAAGCUUUUAAAUUACGACUCUUUACAAAAACAACUGCGCAUCGGUAUGCAUUGACAGGUUUUGAUUAGCACAAGACAAGGAAUAUUAUUAAUUUUAUACCGUUUUUAAUAAUUUAUUGUUGUAGACUUACUAGGUUGAGAUUAUUUAUUCAUUAUUUAAUAGUGUUAUACGCACAUUAUCGCACUGAAUAUUUUAGUAUGUAAAUAAUUUUAAGUUUGUUGUUAUAAGACAUUUUUAUACGAUGAUGUUUAUGUUUAUUUUUGUGGUGUAUAUUAUGUUAGUGAAUAUUAUAAUUUUAACAAUUAGGCUAGUCGACGGGUACUGUGCAUUUCUGUGUUCUUAAUUAUUCAUUUGUCCAAUUUUGUAUAGAAAUAGAUUAAUGUUAUUUUUAAGUUGGUGCUGUUAAGUUUAUUGUUAAGUGAUUUUAUUUAUUUUUUGUAGUAGGCUUGUUAUGUUUUUUACGCGUAUACCUUUUAAGUGGUACGUGUUUUAAUUUAUUUAUCCAAAGAUUCAUAGUUAUAUUGAUGAGAAAUAUCCUAAAAACAACCAAUGACUAAAUGCCUUAUAAAUUAUUCCACUCUC